AUGUCAGACAAUAGUGACAGGCAGAACAAAUCAGAGGAGCAGGCAAAUCUGAGUGAGGGCACUAGUCCCUCUAGCAGUUAUGAUGAGGGUAGCAGAAGCACCCCAAGCAAUCUGCCUAAGGCUGCAACUAGGCAGAGGAAGAAGAGAACCUCAAAUUCUGAAGAUGAGGACUUCGUAAUUGAUGAGGAGGUCACUUCCAAGAAGAAGGUGAUCAAGAAGGAACAAGUUGCUGCUGCUGGCAUCAAGCCAGGGAUGAAGAAGAAAGCUCCUGAUAGAAGAGUUCCCAUGUCCAAAGCUAGAGCCUCUACUCAGGAGACAAUGGAGUUCUCUCUUGAACCAAGAGAAGAAGAGGCUGCUGGAGGCAAGAAGAGGAAAGAAAGAGUCAAGAAGACCAUAGCCAGAGUGAUUGGCAGAUCAUCAAUGCUGAGAGAUCCAGAUGAAGAUGAUGAGGAAGAAGUAGAUGUUGCACCAUCUCAGAAAUCUCAGAAGUUGAUGGGAGAUGCUAUCAAGUCUGGGGCUGCUCCAUCCAAGCCCAAGACCGCUCCCAAGCAAUCUUCACAAGCUCAAGCUCCAAAGCCAACUGCACCUAAGAGGAGCACAAGAAAUAUCCCAGCUGCUGAGAAGAAAAAGGCCCCAGUGCCUGAAGUUUAG